AGUAUAUUUUUCUUUGACCACCAGAUGCUGUUACACUUGCAACCGGCGUUGUAAAUAUAAUAAAAUAAAUCCAAAUAACUCUUUAAAUAUUUGUUUCAAGCUAAAGUUAGACUAGAAAUAUAAUUAACACAAUGUUGCGAAUAAUGCAGAAAAGAACUAGUCUCAUAAAGUUGCUGGUGCCCGGUCCCCGGCUUCAUCAAACUAUUGCGCAAACAGCGAUAAAGGAAAUCCCUGCGGUAAAGCCCAUAAGUAUUUCAAGGAGCGACAAAACCGUGGGAAGAUGGUUUCUGGGAGUCAGCGGCAUGGUUUUUGUGGCAGUUGGUUUAGGCGGGGUAACCAGAUUAACAGAGUCCGGACUCUCCAUGGUAACGUGGAAGCUCACGGGUGAACGGAUGCCCAGGACCCAGGAGGAAUGGGAGCAGGAGUUCAGUCUCUAUCAGCAAUAUCCGGAGUACAAGCUGAAAAAUGUAAACAUGACGGUCGAAGAGUUUAAAUUCAUUUUCAUGAUGGAGUACAUGCACAGGAUGUGGGGUCGCGCCAUCGGCGGAUUUUUCCUCCUCCCAGCCAUUUACUUCUGGCGAAAGGGUUACUUCUGUGCGAAGACCAAGAAGAGCGUCUUGCUGCUGGGCACCCUUAUCGGCCUGCAGGGUCUGAUGGGAUGGUACAUGGUUAAAUCCGGCCUGGAGGACCGAUUCCAGGAUCCGAAUGACGUGCCCCGAGUCUCCCAAUACAGAUUGGCCUCCCAUCUGGCGGCUGCCUUCAUCCUGUACUCACUCGCCCUGUCGAGGGGCUUGUCCAUGCUAAUCCCCACCAACACAUUUGUGAUCCAGGCCAAGAAUGCAUUUAAUAUUAAAGGGCUGUCCCAUCUCACAAAGGCAAUGGUUCUGCUGACAGCCAUUUCUGGAGCUUUUGUGGCCGGACUGGACGCUGGAUUGGUGUAUAAUUCGUUCCCGAAAAUGGGGGACAAUUGGAUCCCCGACGACAUGUGGCAGUUUAAGCCGAUACAGAAGAAUAUAACCGAGAAUCCGACGACGGUGCAGUUCAAUCACCGUAUCCUGGGCAUCAGCACAGUGACCCUGACUACAGCUUUGUGGCUGGUGACCAGAAGAAUGCAGCUGCCCAAGCGCGCGAAUUAUGCAAUCAACGCCGUGGUGGCCAUGGCCUGGACACAGGCCGCUCUUGGUGUAACCACCUUGCUGACCUACGUACCCGUGCCUUUGGCGACUGCCCAUCAAUCCGGAUCUCUGAUUCUCCUGAGUUUCGCUUUAUGGUUAUCACAUGAAGUUCGACUUUUGAAGUAUCUGCCAAAAUAAAGGGCAAAAUAUAUAAUCGUUUGUUGAAACUAAA